AUGAGUGUCUCAGGGACAGCGUCGCCGAGAUUGAAGGCCGAUUUGUACUUGGCUUCGUUGUUGUACGAUGGUGUCGAGGAUACUAAUUUGAGACAGGUGACAACUCUAUUGAAGAACAAAGAGGCUGAUCCAAAUGUGCUGAUGCCGAUGCACGGAAUCACUCCGUUUCACCUGGUCAUUGGAAAUGAUUCUGAAUCUUUUGCCGAAGAAGUGACCAAACUGUUUCUGAGAUACGGGGGAAAUCCCAACAUCAAGUCCGUUGAUGGCAUGACGCCGGUUCACAUAGCAGCUGCCUGGGGGAGAACGCGCAUUUUGGAACUGCUACUGGCUAACGGAGGCGAUCCUUUUUGCCUUGAUUGCGAUUACUACACUCCGUUUACGUAUGCUUUUCAAGGGGAACAUCAUGAUGCCAUUAAUGUACUGAGCAAAUAUUGCGCUAGCAGCGAGGAAAGAGAUGAGGAUAUCCAAUAUAGACUUGAAUUAGACAAAGUCCUAUUGAAUAACGGUGAAGUACUGGCAGAGUAUUUAGUAUCAGACGGUUCUAUAAGUGAUUCGUACAAAAGUGGUUCUUCUACAGGUAGUUAUAACAGAUAUGACAGUAAAAGCAGAUGUGGCUAUGUUUCAGAAAUUAAUUCAUUAAGCUCGAAUUCGAUGAAUAGUUAUUUUGUAACCCUUCGAAAGAAUCAAAGAAAAAGAGCAGUUGCACAAAAGGUUGGUAACAUACAAAAAAUACAAGAAAAAGAAAACUAUGAUUUUUCUCCAAAUACAAUGCAGGAAGAGUUGAAACUACUCAGUCGUAUUAUUUCACAACUAUCGAAUUCAUUGACAAGUGAAGUAGAUGCGAGCAAUUAUACAUACCAAAGCCACGAGAGCGAAUGCAUAGUGAGCAACGAAAUCAAUUCCCCAAAGCGAAUGCAGAUGAUUAUGACCUUCAACAGGCCUGUAAAGAAUAAUACCAAUUAUAACAAGCACAGGCAAAACCAACGAAAUAUUAAUGAAAAUCACACAAGUAUAAAAACGCUGCAGCCAAUCAAGCAACACAACAAUGUGCCAAAAUUAAAAGAAAAUUGGAAGUCCGCGACUGGCCCCAGAAAAUUGUCGACUUUUCUUUCUACGAAAAACUGUUCUACGUCAUCAUCAGCCAAAAAUAACACAUCUAGUCAAUCCAAGCCACAUACUCCAAGUAGAGACUCACUGCAUUCUCACUGGUUUGACGAGACGAUAAUUAGCAAAUCUCCAAAUUUACAUGUUACCGUCAAUUCAAACAAAAGAAACAAAAAUAUACAACCAAAGAUUCCAGUCUUGGAAAAAAAUGCGUCGCCACUGUCUACCAAAGUACAGAAAAAGCCAAUCACAAUCACUCAUAAAAAAGUCAUGGACAAUAGCACAAACAAACCAAAUAGCAAGUCUUACACACCCGGUAGCCGUAUACCUCGUCCAAAAACAGUAGUAAAAAAAAGCAAAGUCACGACAAAAAAACCUGCAAAGCCUAAAGUUAAUUCGUUGAAAAAAGUAUCAGAGGAAAAGAAGACCAGGUAUUAUUCUCCUCAAAAUGUUUUAUAUAGUAUGUCCGAAUCUUCAGCUCUGUCAUGGUCUAAUGACUACCUAUCUAAAAAUCCGGAAGAAAGAAGAAAAAGUUUAAAAGAAGUGGCUGUUAAUUUGAGCAAUCGGAUGGACGAUUGCGAAGAAGAUGAAGUUUCUACAGACAAAAGUUGCACAAAUAUUUAUAAAAACACCAAUACUAAUUUUAACAUGGUUCUGGAAAGAUUAGAUUUGGUAUCUGGAGUGCAAUUGCUCGACUCUGCUGUAAAAUCAUCAAUAUCAGACUCACAGUCAGAGUACACCACUAACGAGGAAAGCACUGGAAUAAGAGAACCUACCAUAGAUUUAAAUCAAGCAGUAAUAGAUUCUUUACAAAGCACACAGUCGACAUCGAAAUUCUCAGAUUUAGAUGUUGGGAGUUUAAGACGUGGCGAACAUAUGGAUCCACUCGACAGUAUGUUGGGUCAGCAAGGCUCGUCGUCGUCGAUUUCAUCUGAUAGCUACAUUUCAGUGCCAGGCGCAGAUAACGCGUUGUCUGAUAACAGUCAGAACAUUGUCAGUAUUAAUAAAAAUAAUAAUUGUGAUUCGGAGCCAGUCAUAUCGGCUGAUGGCUCCACGAAUUCGAGUAGACAAUUUGACUCGCAAUCAUUUUUGAGUGUUCAAGAGGAGUAUAAGUACAAGGAUCCUGACGAGGGUGUUGUUCUCCUAGAGAGACGACUCUAUGUUUCACCGUCUUAUACUUCCUCAAGUAUGAGUUCCUUCUACUCCAUCAGCACUGCCAAGUCUGAGUCACUGCCAACCGAGUUGUAUCUCCUUGACAAUGGAACAUUACGAGAAAGAUUAAAGAGCCUUGGCGAGAAUCCAGGACCCGUCACCAGUGCAACGUAUCACUUGUACCUUAAACGUCUUCACAAACUUGAAUCUGGAGAAAGGCAACCCACAAAACCUGUCCAAAAGCAUAAUCUUCUAAUAACCAAUAAUCAACAUAAUCAGUUAGUUAGUUUGGAAAGAGAAAAAGAUCAUUUGCGACCUAUGCUGGUAUCAAUAGACUGGGUCCAACGAGUAAAUGAGUACGAGGAACUAGAGCGCAAAGUCUUUCUGGAGUUCUCUAAUCCACAUCCGUCGCGCAAGUGGCGCGAAGGUACUUCUAAAAGCUCGUUCAAUUACCUGCUUCUCGACCCACGUAUUACCAAAGAUCUGCCCAGAAGAGCAGCGAGUAUGAGUCUUUCUGAAAAAUGGGAGACUUUUCUAUCGGCUAUUUUUUACGUGGGCAAAGGAAAACAAUCCAGACCAUACGCCCAUCUCUACGAAGCCUUCAAGUUGUGGGUGUGCAGGGGUCGGUCCAAGACGAAUAAUAGCAAGUUGCAAAGGAUCCUGGAUAUUUGGGACGAAGGCAAAGGGGUCGUCAUGUUGCGCGUCUUUCAAAACACAAUACCUGUGGAAGCUUACACGCGAGAAGCAGCUAUGAUCGAGGUCCUGAGUACCAACAAAUUGGGAAAUUGCAAGAGCGGCGAUUACUACGGGGUCGUAGCAACUUGGAGAGCGAAGGAAAAGUGCGAGCUAGGCCGAUAUAUGUUGUUCAAAGCAAUGCAGAUAUUAUUAUUAGAGGGAGAGCGGCAAAUAUUUCCUGAUAAUGUGUAGUUUGAUUUUUAUUGUGUUCAUGAUAAAAUCAUAGAAUGCAUGUUGAUGCAGUGUGAUCGAGAUUAUUUUAGAGGUUAUCGCAGCGGAUUUUCAAAAAAAACAACGCUUUCGAAACAUUGAUUCCAGAUCUGAUUUACCUACCAGAGUUAUCGGGACCGUAGGCGGCCGAGGGUGUGCGCCAAUACGCAAGCAGCUUAUUUAUUUAAACACCAAUUCGAUACUCGAGUCUGACAGACAGUUUGAAAGGAAUCGAAACAAUAUAGUUAAAAGAAAUUGAGAAAUCAUUCGUCUGAAGCUUACAUGAUAAUCAUGGAAGAGAAACGUAGAUUUUUGUUUGGAAUACUUUUAAAAAAACUGCAGAUAACAUUGCAAUAUUUUCACAAAUUUUUUUUGCGUGUCAGCUAAACAACCAUUGAUAAAAAAAAAUUACCAAGUUCCAUUGAGAAGACCAUUCAAACAAACAUAAUUAUGUGCAAAAAUUUUAAUGGAUUCGAAAAAAUUUUAUUUGCACGAAGACCUCAACUAACAUAUAUUGUAUUGAAUAAUAUAAAUAAAUAAAUUUUUUAUCCUAUCCUUUUUUUCAUCAAU